AUGAAGAGCUUCAUCAUCAUCAUCAUCAUCAUCAUUACCCUCUACCUGAUCUCAGGUCCAGUGGGCUGUGGACAGGUCCAUGAUGUGCCUGGUUACGAAGGAAGUCGUGUUGUAAUCUACUGCUUCUUUCCCCAACCUGGUGUGUAUUUCUGCAAAUAUACAACACAAUCUAUAUGCAAGAAUCUGAUUGAACCUGAGGCCCAAGAGAAGAACAAAUGGAUUAAUAAAGAGAAAGCUUCUCUGCUUGACUCCAGAGGAUCAUUUGCCUUGGUGUUUAGAAACCUGAGCUUACAGGAUGCUGGAAUGUACCAAUGUGGGGAGAACGGAGUGUGGAGUCAUGAGAUUAACCUGCAGGUGAAUAGUGAUUCCUGUUGUACUGAGACCAAAACAAAACAAAGAAGUUAUUUGGGACAGACUGUGACGAUCAGCUGCUACUAUCCAGGACAAUUUGAAACUACCUAUAAGUUCUUCUACAAACUGGACCAUCUCUCUGAAACCGAAUUGAUCCGGACCAGAGGAACAGAACGAAGCCAGGAUGGCAGAUUCUCCAUUUUUGAUGACAGGACAAACAAAGUUUUCCAUGUGAACAUCAGUGAUGUGAGAGAAGAUGAUGGAGGUGUUUAUUCCUGUGCCUUGUGGACAGGGGAUGAAUCAGUUGGUUUUUGUUCCUUUUUCAAAGAAAUUCAUCUCCAUGUUACUGGGAAUCAAAACAGCACAGACACACCCCAGCCUGGUUCCUCACUCACUGCCGUUGUGUGUUCCUCUGUGACACUGUGUGUACUGGUACUGCUGAUUGGAGGAUCUGGACUAUAUAAACUGAAAUUCAGCAAGACACAAGACUCUGCCCAGCAAAUGGAAGGAAAUCACACGACUGAUGCUGAUCAACAAAAUAAUCUACUCCAGAUUUCCAACAUCACAAUACAGUCAAUGUACCAAAAUCACAACACCAGCCAAUCAGAAUCAGCCUACCAAAGUGUAAACCCAUACACCAACCAAUUAGAUUCAGCCUACCAAAGUCUAAAUCCAAACACCAGCCAAUCAGAUUCAGCAUACCAAAGUCUAAACCCAAACACCAGCCAAUCAGAUUCAGCUUACCAAAGUCUAAACCCAAACACCAGCCAAUCAGAUUCAGCCUACCAGUCUAAACCCAAACACCAGCCAAUCAGAUUCAGCCUACCAGUCUAA